CUGCUGAGAAGGCUGCAACUUCGUGGCCUGCGGCCGGUCCCGCAAGAGAUGGCCCCAGGGGCGCCCGCACUGCUGCUGCUGUCGCUGCUGUCACUGCCAGGUCUCCCGCCUCGCGCUACCGGCUGCCCUGCGGCCUGCCGCUGCUACAGCGCCACGGUGGAGUGCGGCGCCCUGCGGCUGCGCCUGGUCCCACCCGGAAUCCCGCCCGGGACGCAGACGCUGUUCCUGCAGGACAACAGCAUCGCGCGCCUGGAGCCGGGCACCCUGGCGCCCCUCGCCUCCCUGCGUCGUCUCUACCUGCACAACAACAGCCUGCGCGCCCUGGAGCCAGGCGCCUUCCGUGCGCAGUCGCGCCUGCUGGAGCUGGCUCUCACCGGCAACCGGGUGCGCGGCUUGCGCGUUGGCGCUUUCGCCGGCCUGGCCCAGCUGCGCGUGCUCUACCUAGCUGGCAACCAGCUGGUACAGCUGCUGGAUUUCACCUUCCUACACUUGCAGCGACUGCAGGAGCUGCACCUGCAGGAAAACAGCAUCGAGCUGCUGGAGGACCAGGCCCUGGCCGGGCUCUCCUCGCUGGCACUGCUGGACCUCAGCAGGAACCAGCUGGGCACCAUCAGCCAGGAGGCCCUACAGCCCCUGGCCAGCCUGCAGGUCCUGCGCCUCACAGAGAACCCAUGGCGCUGUGACUGUGCCUUGCACUGGCUGGGAACCUGGAUCAAGGAAGGGGGCCAGCGCCUGCUCAGCUCCAGGGACAAGAAAAUCACGUGUGCAGAGCCCCCCCGCCUGGCACUUCAGAGUCUCCUGGAAGUAUCUGGCAGUAGCCUCAUCUGCAUCCCACCCUCUGUGCACGUGGAGCCGCUGGAGGUGACAGCCAACCUCGGUGAGGACCUGCGGGUUGCCUGCCAGGCUUCCGGCUACCCGCAGCCCCUGGUGACCUGGAGAAAGGUGGCGCAGCCUCGUGAGGGGCCGCCGCAGGCCCAGGCCCAACCUGAAGGCGGGGUGCCGGGCCCAGGUGGGCCCGGGGCAUCCGACACGGGCAGCGGCAUGCUCUUCCUCACCAACAUCACCCUGGCCCACGCCGGCAAGUACGAGUGCGAGGCCUCCAACGCCGGCGGCGCCGCCCGCCUGCCCUUCCAGCUUCUGGUCAACCUGUCCCAGCAGCUGCUGCUGGCGCCGGCGCCGCCGCGGGCCGGCGGCCCAGUCAGCCACGAGCCCCUGCCCGAGGUGGGCGGCAUGGCCUUUCGCGCCCUGGGCCUGGCCACGCAGACGGCCAUCGCGACGGCCAUCGCGCUCCUGGCGCUCACGGCGCUGCUGCUGGCGACCAUGAUCUGCCGCAGGCGGCGCAGGCGCAAAAAGGCACCAGGGCCUCCCGGGGAGGGCGCGCUCUUCGUCAACGACUAUUCGGACGGGCCCUGCACCUUCGCGCAGCUCGAGGAGCUCCGCGACGAGCGGGGCCACGAGAUGUUCGUCAUCGACCGCUCCAAGCCGCUCUUCGCCGAGGGCCCGGCGGAAGCGGCCGAGGGCGCAGCGCCCGGAAUCGCGCAGGGCCUCCCGCUGCAGCCGCCUGCCGCCUACGAGAUCCGUUGCUGAGGGGGGGCGGGGCGGACGCGCGCUGAUGACGCGGGCCAUGCGGAUUGGCCGACCCGGCUCGCCCCGCGCAUGCUCCAGCGUGAUCAGUAAAGCGUGGAAGCUG